AUGCCCAACGGCGGUUUCCGUGGUUUUCUCAAGAAUACCGUGGGGACGAGAGACAAGGGAAAAGCGGAGGUUUUAGUCAAUAUUAUAACCAGGCGAUCAUCCAAAAUGCGUAUAUCAGACUACAGAUUGGAGCGCGACAGCAACGGCAACACAGGCCACGUCGCACAUUCGAGCUCUUGCACCCAGAUCCACAAAAUUCCGGACAUUGAUCCUCCGGUUAUAGAUCUUCAUGCUGAUUAUGACCUCGAGAAGACCAUUGCUGAAGGAUGUUUCGCCAGGAUUUUCUUGGCGACUCAUAAAGGGACCAAUACAAAGGUCGUUCUGAAAGCCAUACAUGCAGAAUUGACAUCUUUGAAAGAUUUUAUCAAGGAAUAUCAUUACAAUUAUACUUUGAGUCACCAUCCGAAUAUAUUGUCUAGCUACAGAGUUUGUUUUAAGGCCGAUAAUUUCUAUUGUUUCGCACAAGAACAUGCGUGCUAUGGAGAUCUAGCAGCAAAUGUUAAGGCAGGUGGUUUAUCCGAAGAAAGUUGCAAACGAAUUGCUUCUCAAUUGAGCGGUGCGCUAGAUUUUAUGCAUUCAAAACAAUUAGUCCAUCGAGACCUGAAAUUAGAAAAUAUUCUUGUUUUUGCGCCGGAUUUUGCCAGAGUAAAGCUUUGUGAUUUCGGCGCCACAGUUCGCGAAGGAACUCUUGUCAACCGCAUCGGUUGCACAUGGAUUUCUUUCUUACCACCAGAAGUCUGCGAAAUUGUGCGAAAUGAAAGGUAUAUUUGUAAGUCCUCAGCUGAUGUUUGGCAGUUGGCUGUAGUUUUAUUUGUAUGUCUAACUGGAAACACACCUUGGCAACAUGCUGAUAGCAUUAGGGAUGGAAACUACUCCGCAUUUUUCCGUUACCAACGCAGAAGGACAACUAAGAUUCCCAAUAAUUUCCGAAGGUUCUCCCCGCGUCUUUUGAGAAUGUUUAGAAAAAUGUUUGAACACAAACCAGAUAAACGAGCUAAAGUUACUGAAGUCAACAAGUACCUAAAAGACUCGUGGACGGAUUCAAAAAUCGUUCAUUCGAAUUCUGGUUCAAGCAAUAUUUUCAAUUACACACCAUUGCGAGGUAAAGAAUCAAUUGCAGAAGGUUGCGAAGAGAAACCAGCUUCAAGAAAUUCUAUUGAUGAAAAUAAAAACAAAUUAGCAAGACUGUUAAGUAGUUAUGGACUUGAAACCACGGUGGACCACCAGGUAACGACAAAGCGAAUUUGGGAAUGGGUACUUGCAUGCGAAAAUCAAGAUGCGCAAGAUAGUGAAUUAUAUUAA